CGGUGCUGAAUACUACCGUUGGAAUUAUUUGUAUUGUCUCACAUUAGACGUGUUAUCGUAAGUUACCACCACUACCAAAAAAAAGCCAAGCGAAGGGUUUAAAAAAAAAACCUGGUUGACACGGACCAAACGGCCUUGUCAGGGAGCGGCUCCACUGUCGAUUGCCAUUUAGCACCCGGGCAGCCACUCAACGUGACGCUGUUGCAAACCGCCACUUUUGUGACAGUCGCGUAAUCUUUCUUCCUUUCUUUUUUCUUGGCUGCCCUUUCACGUCGUUUGCACUUUUCCCUUUUUUCUUUGUUUCCCUUUGCUUCUCAACACAAAGCAGUUGGCUUGCUGCGCUUUGUUUGCUUAGCUACGCCCGCUGACAGCUGUUAGACAGCCCGGCUAACGUCUGUGAUUGCUUUCCAGCCCACGCAACAGUUUCGUUGUGAACAGCGUCGACACUUCCGCUGCCCUUGCGGCAACAUACAACCGCCAUCAUGGUGAACACAAAUACUGGAAUCGACAAUGAUACCAGGGGCUGGAUCAUGUGCUUCGUCAGUGGCAUAGCGUGCCUCUUUGGUGCUAGUGUUAUCUGCAUCGACUAUGUGAUCCGUCUCUUCCCCGGAAAACGAAAUUUCCGAAUUCAAGAAAGCAAUGUCUUUCUGGCUUGCUCGCUGAGCUUGAGCUUCGGCGUCAUGCUUUUUUCGUCAUUAUACAAUAUGCUACCAGAGGCGAAGGAAUAUCUUAAAAAUGCUGGCUGGUCCCAUCAGCCUGCAGGCUUCCUAAUGAUGAGCUGCUUUGUUGCUGGCUUUUUUGGCAUACAAAUCCUCUCGAGAGCUCUCCACCGAUAUGUCCCGUCUCAUGUUGUUGAUUGCGAUCAUUCACAUGCAGGUGGUCACGGCCAUUCUCACGGAAUUCACGAUCACCAUAGCCAUGCCGCAUCUUCUCGACACAGCUCAACUACGCGGCAUCUUAACCAUCACCCUAACCAUCAUUAUGCCGAGGGCAAUCACCCAGCCAGUGAAACUACGCCACUCAUCCGCUCUACUGAAAGCAUCCUUUCAAGGUCAGGAGAGCUACCCAGACGAGUUACGACGGCGCACCGAGGUCGCGGACGCACUAGAGUUGCUGGUGAUGACCUUAGACGCCGCCCGUCGAUGUUGGAAGUACAGAAUCGGGUAAUGUCCUUUGUCAAGGAUACUAAGCAAAACUGCGACGAGCAGGGCUCUUGCUAUGGCUACAGCGAUCCUUGCGGACAAGAAUGCUUCAAACACGUUGCCCAACGCAGUGCAUCGGCCGGCCGACUUCCGGCAGUGCUUCGAACCAAUGUCUUUGUACCGGUCGAUGAACACUAUAGAGAAGCAGGGGAUACACCUGUUAGCCCCCGUUACCGAACUAGUCGAGCUACUUCGCGUGAUCCCAUGCAUACAGGAGAACACUCUGAAUACGAAGGCGACGAGAUGGAGUCCUACGACGGUGAGGAAGAUGUGGAGGCUCAACACCACCACCACGUUCCCACCAAUGCUUUCCUCUCCAUCGGCUUGCAAACUUCCAUCGCAAUUGCUCUUCACAAAUUCCCCGAAGGUUUCAUUACCUACGCAACCAACCAUGUCAAUCCUGAUCUAGGCUUCAACGUUUUCAUGGCUCUUUUCGUCCACAACAUCACAGAGGGAUUUGCCAUGGCCCUUCCCCUGUACAUGGCUCUUGGUUCUCGCUGGAGCGCUAUGGCCUGGACAGCUCUACUGGGUGGUCUAUCACAGCCUUUCGGUGCAGGUAUGGCUGUCUUGUGGUUCAAGCUUGCCAACAAGACCAACUUUCAGCCGAACGAAGUAGCAUACGCUUGUCUCUUCGCCAUUACCUCAGGUAUCAUGGUUAGCGUUGCGCUGCAGCUAUUUGUUGAAAGCUUGAGCUUCAACCAUAACCGUAACUUGUGCAUCUUCUUCGCGUUUCUGGGCAUGGCUAUUCUGGGCUACAGUAACGCUUUGGUAUCGACUCAUUAAGUACAAAACUGGAUAUAGAGGUUGGAUAUGGGACAACGGAGUCACUUGGUACACUUGCAGUUUAACACUAUAGCCAAGGUGGCUAUGCAUUUUUACGGAGCCAUAAGGAGUUUCUUCUUUUUAAUCAAGUUGACAUAUUUCCUUUCGUUUCAUUACUCCAUAGAUUAGUUCUUAGCGUACUGCGCUUUCACGUUGACCUCCAUCGCACAGCCAUAGCUGGUACUGAAGCGGUCACGUUUAGAAUCAAGCAUAUGAGCAUGUAAAUACAAGAAACAAGAAACUUUUUGAAUUAUAUACCAAGAGUCCAUAUCUCGACGAUCCUAAAAUAAAAUAAUAAAAUAUCAAAAUAUAAAACGCCGCCCAUGCUAUAUAGUUGUUCAUAAUGUUCAUAUGUAAUGUCCAUGCUUGCUGCUAGACUUAGUACACGAAGUGUAUCAAAUAGCUCAUCAGAUGACACUGAGGGCUGGAUCCACUUGGUCUUCAUUAUCGUCAGGGCUUUUGCGAGCAAGCAGCAUAAUGCUUGCUUCGUCUUGAAGCCAGUCAUCUUGUGCAGGACCAUAGUCCAUCUCGGCCGCAAAGAUCUCGUCUUGGCCGAGAUCUGAUGGCCACUCCUUCAGACCCGGUGCUGGCUCAGCAUCAUGGAGGGUAGUAAAGUCCUGUAUGAGCUGCGUGUCUGUUGCAAACAUGCCUGGGCACACGCCGCUCUCCAAAUGUUUGUUAAGGUCAUGGUAACGCUUGAACAAGUAGUUACAGUUGGGGCAGCUGAUAUCCUGAGCCAUCUCGCUACCACCGAUACCCAAAAGGUUGUCGAGGGUGACGUCUUGGUCGGCGGGCGAUGAUGUAGAUCCAUAUGCGAGCUUAGGACGCGCCUGGCCGAGGUGGACGUAGCGGAUGUGAUCUUCUAGACGGACCUUGCUGCUGAACUUGUCACCGCAACCUAGGCCGUUGUGCCAUUCCUCCAGGUUAGACCCAGUUAUCACUGUCUGGCCGCAAAUAAAUCGGACGCCCUCGUGGGCAAUACGGAUAUGCGCUGUUAGGUUGGACUUUUUGGUGAAGCGCUUGGUGCAGUUUUCAUAAAGGCACAGCACUGUCUUGCGAUCAUCUAGGGUCUUGCCUGAAUGGUGCAUAUCAAUGUGCUGAACGAGUUCGCCUUGCUUGGAGGACUUGAAGUCGCAGAACAUGCAGUUUUGAUGCUCCUGCUUCAAGUGAGCCUGGAGGAGCUGCUCAGUGGUAAAGCCAGUUCGCUUUUCAGUCCCAUCAGGCAUAGUCUGUAACCCGCAUUCGCCACACCAAUAUUUAAUUUCGCCAUGGGCCCGCUGCUCAUGGCGUCUGAGCGCACCUUUAGAUUCAAAGGCUUCUGUACAUCCUGGCUCGCUACAUUGAUGGGGCGGCAAGCCCUUGUGGUCUUUCAAGAUGUGUUUGUUGAGCGUCUCUCUCUUGCGGAAGCUCUGUCCACAGUCACCGCAUCUGAAGCGAUCAGCGCCUUCGUGGACAGCUUGAUGUCGCUUCAAGCGAGUUCCUGUGACGAAGCUCUUACCGCAGCCUUCUCGUUGGCAGACAUGCUUGCGCUCAUGAGUAUGUACGGCCUUGAUGUGCUGCUUGAGAUGCUUGUCUUCAAUAUAGUCCUUGUCACAGUCGUCAUAUGGGCAUUUAAAGGGCCGUGAAUUCGUGUGGGAGUUGAGAUGGUCUCGUAGUCGGGCAGGUCGAUUAAAGGUUUUCGAGCAUCCUGGCCAUGUGCAUGCGAGGGUCUUGAGGUCGGAGGGGAACUUUGGUCGAGGAGUGGUGACUACGGUAGCCGGUGACGCUGGCUCAGCUGUGGCGUUUGUGGAAUUGGGAGUUUGAGCUGUAGUAUUGUCGUCUUCAAAAUCAUCAACAUCUUUGCUGGUAUUAGCGACGUCUGGGGGCCAUGAAGCAGGCGACGAACAGGUUUGUGGGUGGUUUUCUGCCAUGUGAUGCUUUUUGGGAGGCGAGGCCUCGGGCGGGACAUCAUGAGCAGUACGUUUGACCAUGAUCCCGGUAUUGCAGCAUAUUUUCACUGCUGCACAGGAUGUGAAUGUGUAUGGCUGGGUCUUGGAGAGGCGGCAGAAUAG